GGCCUCUCAACUGCCUACGCUCAAUUCGUCUCCACUCUUCUCUUUCUCAUCCCUCGUUUCGUUUUUCUCUUUUCUUCCUUCUCUCUUGUGUGUCACCCAUCACAUAUCACAUACAUCCUUCACAAUGGCCGCUAAGAUCGAUGCUCCCGCUGCUGCCCCUGCUCCCCAGCUGUCUGGGCUUCAGCUCUAUUCCAGAUUCGCCUUCGCUGGUGCUGUCUGCUGCUCCAUCACCCACGGUGCUCUCACUCCCGUCGAUGUCGUCAAGACCAGAAUCCAGCUUGACCCCGUCACAUACAACCGUGGUAUGAUCGGUGGCUUCCGCCAGGUCAUUGCCAACGAGGGUGCUGGCGCUCUCCUUACCGGUUUCGGUCCCACCGCUGCCGGUUACUUCCUCCAGGGUGCUUUCAAGUUCGGCGGUUACGAGUUCUUCAAGCAGCAGUGGAUUAACCAGCUCGGUUACGAGUCUGCCUCCAAGAACCGCACUGCCAUCUACCUCGCCUCUUCCGCUACCGCUGAAUUCUUCGCCGACAUUGCCCUCUGCCCUCUGGAAGCUACUCGUAUCCGUCUUGUCUCUCAGCCUGAGUUCGCCAGCGGUCUUUUGAGCGGUUUCUCCAAGAUCCUCAAGAACGAGGGUGUCGGUGCUUUCUACUCUGGUUUCGGUCCCAUCCUCUUCAAGCAGGUCCCCUACACCAUGGCCAAGUUCGUCGCUUUCGAGAAGUUCUCUGAGGCUAUCUACGGCGUUGUCGACAAGAACACCCUCUCUGAUGGUGGCAAGACUGUUGUCAACCUUGGUUCUGGUCUCCUUGCUGGUUUCGCCGCUGCCAUCGUCUCCCAGCCCGCUGACACCAUGCUGAGCAAGAUCAACAAGACCCAGGGUCUCCCUGGUGAGGGUACCACCACCCGCCUCAUCAAGAUCGCCAAGGAACUUGGUCUCAAGGGUUCCUUCUCUGGUAUCGGUGCUCGUCUCUUCAUGAUUGGUACCAUCACUGCCGGUCAGUUUGCCAUCUACGGAGACAUCAAGCGUUUGCUCGGUGCCACCGGUGGUGUUGAGAUUGCUCCCUCCAAAUAGACGUGAGUGGGAUUGUGAUUGUUUUGGUGUAUUAUAUCGCGCACUAGAUUUGCCUUAUACAUUGUUCUAGUAGAUUUUUCACUGAAAAGUCUUUUUAACGACCAUUCUAUUUUAGAAUAUAUUACUUUGCCAGAUG